AUGAACCGAAGAAUAACAAGAAUACUUUCUUUGGUAUUAGCUUUUUGCUUUCUUGUUGCCACAUGCCAGGUUAAUGGAGAAGCUGCAAGUUUGAAUUCUAGUGACCAGAAACCUCGUUUAAACACUGAAUGGAAGUACUUCAUAAAUGUACUAGAGUUAUUAUUGUUUCAGCCGGGAAGGGCUAUGGGUACCCCUUGGCCAGAAGAUGCACCAUUUGAGUUUAUGAAGUUGUUCAGUGGCAAACCAGACUUUUGUGGAAGAUGUGUAAGAUUAAUGGAGAAUUGGGAAUCUUCAGAACCACAUAUGAUUCUUUAUAGAGCUCCAAAGUACUUUUCCAGGUUUCCAGAUGUCUUUUAUGUAGUUUGUGGGUCUGCUGAAUUGAAAUUUUUACAUUCUGAAGACUCUGAUAAUAAAGAUGAGUCUGAAUGUGUCAAAAUUUCCAAGAAGUUCAGUUUACAGAAAUAUUAUGAAGGAUUCAGUUCUGCUCCAACUUUAAGAAGACGUGCAGCAUUCCCAGCUACCCAUACUGAUCAUAGGCCAUUUAAGCCAUUGUAUGAUCCACUAUAUAAGGCCCCUAUUAAGACACAGAUUAGGAAGCCUACUACUAUUAACUACUCUAAACACAGUUAUGUUCCUAUUAUUCCAAAGAAUACCAAUAAUAGACCAAGAGCCUCUUAUCCAAAAUCUCAUACAUCUGUGAUGGUAGAGUCUAAGCAUAAAUAUGUUCCAAUUAUACAUAAAGUUCCUGGAUCUGAUGGCCCGUCUUAUGUAGGUAAAUACCAGAAUAUAACACAUCAUAAUUAUAUUCCGAUUACUAAACCCAUUAAAAGUGAAGAUAAUGCAGCUUUCCCAGCAUCCAGAACAAACUUCCCAGUGGAUCCAAACCAUAAAUUCAUUCCACAAAUCAACAAACAAGCUCCAAAUUAUGAUACCUCUUCUUUACCGGUUUCUAGAACGGGGAUUCCAAUUGAUCCAAGCCAUGGAUAUAUUCCAUUAUUUGUAUCAUCAAACUAUAGUGAGAUUGCUGCUUUCCCAGCUUCAAGGACUAGCUUCCCAACUGAUCCAAACCACAACUUUGUUCCUCUAUAUAUUAUUGACAACUCAACAGGAACUGCUGCUUUCCCAGCUUCAAGGACUAGCUUCCCAACUGAUCCAAACCACAACUUCGUUCCUCUAUAUAUUAUCGACAACUUAACAGGAACUGCUGCUUUCCCAGCUUCAAGGACCAGCUUCCCAUCUGAUCCAAACCAUAACUUUGUUCCUUUAUAUAUAGUGGAUAACUCAACAGGAACUGCUUCCUUCCCAGCUUCAAGGACAAACUACCCUUCAGAUUCAAGCCAUAAGUAUAUUCCAUUGUUUAUGCCAUCCAAUUAUGAUGAGAAUGCAGCAUCUCCCGCUUCUAGGACCAGUUUUCCAGCUAAUACAAAACAUGGAUUCAUUCCUCUUUAUGUUGUUUCAAACUAUCAUGAGACUGCAUCCUUACCUGCUUCAAGAACUCAGUAUCCAGUUGAACAGAAUCAUGGUUUCAUUCCUCUCUAUCAGAAAGUACAAUACUACAAUAUAACAGCAUCUUUACCAGCUUCCAGAACUGGCCAACCUGUUGAAUCAAAACAUAUGUUUAUUCCAAUAUUUGAAUCUUAUAAUAGAACUGAAGGGUCUUCACUCCCAGUUUCUAGAGUAGGAGCUAUUAUUGACACCAAACAUGGGUAUAUUCCAAUCUUCCAGAGGACUACAAAUAAUGAUACUGCCUCUUUCCCAGCUUCAAGAACAAACUAUCCAUCAGAUCCAAACCACAGGUAUAUUCCUCUGUUUAAGGUUAUGGAUAAUAACGAAACUGCAUCCUUACCAGCUUCCAGAACUAGUUUACCUACGGAUCCAAAUCAUGGAUAUGUACCUAUUUUGGAGAAAAUUUACUAUAAUGGCACAGUGGCUCUUCCUAUAUCUAGGGUAAGUGUGCCUAUGGACACUAAACAUAACUAUAUUCCAGCAUUUACUAAUUUGGAAUACAGUGGUGGAAAUGCGUCUUUCCCAGCAUCAAGAACUCAAUAUCCAACAGAUCCAAAUCAUAGAUUCAUUCCUUUCUUUGUAAUGGUGAAUUCCACAGAGACUGCAGCUUUACCUGCUUCAAGAACUAAUUUCCCAACUAAUAAAGAUCAUGGAUUUGUUCCUAUGUUCGAGCCUUUACCUUAUGAAGGAAGAAAUGCAUCUUUACCAGCUUCUAGGACCCUAUUCAAAUUGGAUUCGAGCCAUGGAUUUAUUCCUCUAUUUGAACCUUUACCUCAAGAAGGAAGAAAUGCAUCUUUCCCAGCUUCAAGAACCCACUAUACAGUGGAUCCAAAUCAUGGAUAUAUUCCAUUAUUUGUAUCAUCGAACUAUAGUGAGAUUGCUGCCUUCCCAGCUUCAAGGACUAGCUUCCCAACUGAUCCAAACCACAACUUUGUUCCUCUAUAUAUUAUUGACAACUCAACAGGAACUGCUGCUUUCCCAGCUUCAAGGACUAGCUUCCCAACUGAUCCAAACCACAACUUCGUUCCUCUAUAUAUUAUCGACAACUCAACAGGAACUGCUGCCUUCCCAGCUUCAAGGACUAGCUUCCCAUCUGAUCCAAACCACAACUUUAUUCCUUUAUAUUAUGUGAAUAACUCAACAGGAACUGCUUCUUUCCCAGCUUCUAGGACCAGCUUCCCAGCUGACGAGGACCAUGGAUUUAUUCCUAUAUUUGACACUUUACCUCAAGAAGGAAGAAAUGCAUCUUUCCCAGCUUCAAGAACCCACUAUCCAACAGAUCCAAACCACAACUUUGUUCCUCUAUUCACUAAAUUAUACCUAUAUAAUGAUUCUGCAGCAUUGCCCGCUUCUAGAACAGGGCAACCAACAGAAAGAAACCAUGGGUUUGUUCCGAUCUUUGAAUCUAAGGAAAUUAAUGAAACUUUAUCUUUCCCAGCUUCCAGAGUGAAAGUUCCAUUAGACCCCAGCCACUCAUACAUUCCCUUUGUUCCAGAACGUGUUGACCUGGAACAUGCAGCAAAACCCGCCACAAGGACUGGUACCCCUGCCCCCGGCGCGCCGGCGGGAAAUCUACCAUAUACAAUAUUGGUUUCAAUUCCAAAGGCAGCAUUACCAGUAUCACGUACAGACAUAUUAUCGGAAAAUCAUAGUUUUGUUCCAUUAGUGAAGGAAAAAGAAGACAUUGGCCCAAGAGCUGCAUUCCCUGCAACUCACACUUCUGUUGAGGCUCCAGGACCAGGUAGCCAGCCAAGAGGAAUUGAAUGGGAGCAUUUUACAGAGGUACUUAAGUUAGACUCAGAAGGUAAUCCUUAUGUUGACACAAAGCACGGAAGAAUUUAUGGGUUUGGUGAUUUAAGCGCCAUAUUGUCUCAAUUAGACCAGGCUGAAGCAAUCGAAAAUGGCCCUCAGCAGAUCAUUGAGGAUCAUUAA